AUGGGUUCUUCAGUCAUUAUCCCAACCGGCCCCGGUUAUACGACAGAUCCUGCCCCGGUAGUUGUGCCUAGUGGCGGAAGUGACUGCCUGGCUGACUCCUUGGAUGACUCCCCAGGACUGUCAUUUUCAGUUCCUUGCCAUCCGUUGGGCAUUAAACCGUCUGGCAACCAAUACACCGCAGCAAGCAAUGCCAAAAGUGUGACGGGCCCUUUCCAGCUAUUCCCCGAUGAAAUAUCAGCAAUUUUCCUGGAAUACCUUGAUGCCCAGCAGUUGCGCUUGCUUGGAUCUACAUGCAAAUUUUUAUAUGCCUUUUGUCGGUCUGAUGAUAUCUGGAAGGCGUUGUUUAUUGAGUCCAAUCAGUCAAAGUCCGGCUCAUUUGUAUGGCGUGGCACAUGGCGCUCUACAUUUCUUGGCCUAAGUAGUGAACAUGUCUCGCACAUCCGCUGUGACAACGUAUUCUCUGAUGUUCUAUUUCGGCCCUUUUUGUGCACCCACACAUCACUUGCACCUUAUUGUUCGAACGUACCUAGGGAGAAUGCCAUAGCACGUCUUAAAGACCUUUCCCCUAUAGAAUUCUCGGAGAAGUGGAGCGACAAACCAUUCAUCCUCACAGAACAAGUCCGGAAAUGGCCAGUAUUCAGGUCUUGGGAUACUGAGUCUCUGAUCGAACAAUAUGGGGACGUGAAAUUCAGAGCAGAAGCAGUCGAUUGGACAUUCAAUACAUAUGCACAUUACAUGCGUAACAGCAGUGAUGAAAGUCCCCUCUACCUAUUCGACAGAAGCUUCGUAGAGAAGAUGAAUCUCAAGGUUGGCCAAAAUGAAGAAUCCCCAUCAUAUUGGAUCCCUGAAUGCUUUGGAGACGACCUGUUCGCCGUUUUGGGAGACCAACGACCGGACGAUAAAUGGCUCAUCGUUGGUCCCGCUCGAAGCGGAUCAACCUACCACAAAGAUCCAAACGCUACAAGUGCCUGGAAUGCAGUUCUACGAGGUUCAAAAUACUGGAUUAUGUUCCCGUCCAAGGCGUCAAGUCCUCCACCUCCUGGCGUCUAUGUGUCAGAGGAUCAAAGCGAAGUGACGAGCCCUCUUAGCAUCGCAGAGUGGCUUUUGGGUUUCCAUGCAGAAGCUAGGAGGACACCCGGCUGCGUCGAAGGAGUCUGUGGCGAAGGGGAAGUCCUUCACGUCCCCAGCGGAUGGUGGCAUCUGGUUGUCAAUCUCGAACCCAGCAUUGCCAUCACUCAAAAUUUCGUGCCUCGGAGCCAUCUAUCAGAUGUAUUGUCGUUCCUGAGAGAUAAGCCUGACCAGGUUUCCGGAUUCGUGAAGGGAGUUACUGAUCCUUAUGGACUAUUCGUUGACCGCAUGCGCAAUCAGCAUCCCGAACUACUUGAACAAGCAGUCGAUGAGCUAAAAAGAAGGGCUGAUGGGAAGAAGAGAACAUGGGAUUUGGCAAUUGGCAACGAGGGGGAGGCUGCGGGUGCAGGAUUUAGCUUUGGGUUUGGAGGUGAUAGUGACGAAGAGGUGCCAUGA